CACAUUCUGGGGUAGGUCAGGGCUUGACAACCGACCGGCACUGGAUGUGCAUCAUUGCCUCUCCGGUAUUGACCAAUGACCGUGAUCUUCUCAGCUGACGCGUCUUGGUGAACUUGAACGCCCUGUUGUUAAAAAAGAUCUCCAGCUGCAACGUAUCACGUUCAGCUUCAGACGAAAAAAGGCAUAAAAACAGUUUUUACUAUCUAGUAUUCGAGGAUGAAGGGGAAGGGUUUUCAGUGUGUAUUGGUUGGCGUCUUUGUUGGUCCAUUCCAUUCACGGUCUCGGUCUUCUCCCGGUGCAUACAGACUGCACUUUCUCAUUUUCUUCUUUCCUUUUUUCUUGUUAAUCUUGUUUCAUUCCAAAGAUGUUGUGGGCGGGAAGGCGGAGGAUGGAGAUUGAUUAUUACAUCGCCUGCCCGCUCGGUCAUUCUCCUAGCUUAGGGUGAACAUCGAAGAUGGCAAUGAUAAUAGUGUACAGUGUAUGUGCACACCUCAGCCUAAUAGCAAGAUAAACCACGGCUGUUAACCUUAUCGAUGCUGGCACGAGACAAACGUUAGACCUGGGCGAUACAGCAACGAACCCUUCCUGAGAGCGCACUCGUCAGAGCUGACCGUUGAUGCUGCACGUAGCCGUCUGCGAGAGGCUCGGGGCAUGGAAAGUUGAAAAGCAUUCGGGGGACACUCUCGCGUGGGUCCUAUGCAGUCGAUGGCACGGUCCGGCCUAGUCGCUUACUCAUCCGUUUCCUUUCUUCUCUCAUUUGGUGUCUGGGUGGUUCCGUUGCUUGCUCGUCGCUUUGAUCGUUUCUUUUUCUUUUCGAACCGCGCACCGCAUUCGCCGCAUGGUUCCGAAUCCAGAGCUACGGGAUUCGGUCGUACGUACGCGUACGAGACAAACGAAAGACAGCAGAUAUCGGCCCAACCGAAAGCUUUCCCGAUCACGUUAUGCGGCUAGUGGAUCACAGUCGUGAUCGGUGCGGCAACCGGAGCGGUCCUAUUCAAUUUUCUUGAGGAGUUUCUUCUCAGACGAAUCCACGGUAAUCCAUAUUUUGGAGAAGAUAGAACGACCAUUUCCUUUAAACGGGGAACAAGAGCAAGCGCAGAAGGGUUUGUUGCGAAGAUAGAAUACCACCUACUCCACCCAUCUGCCGGUCUAAGUACUAUCCCAGUAGACCAAAUUCGGUUGUUUGCGUUAGUGAAAGUGUGAACUUGGACCGAACCGCCUUCGCAGUACAUCCGGAUCGUGUCGUGAUACUGGUGUUACUCUCUGACUCUUCCUUCUCUAAGGGAACCUAGAAGAUUCCAUCCCGUGCUCCAAAGCAAUCACACAGAGAAGGCGAAAGGUGUCGGAAUAGAGAAAAGGAGAAGUGAAACGACGGUACACGGAACAAUGAAAAAAUUGUUGUGUUUCCUCCUUUUGACCUAUUUAUGCUCUUCGGCGCUCUCUGCCAGUAUUUUGGAUUAUCUCACGUUAGCGGCAGAUGAUGCGGAAGCCAAAGAUGAACAGCAGGCUGGUCCAAGCAAUUGUCUUUGUAACGGUCCUUCCUGCAUUUGCUGUAUCGACUUCAACAUGACGCUUAUUGAUCUCGGAGGCCCUGGCUGUGUGCGGCUAAAGUAUCUAUCUGCCGAGGAAGGUAUCGCGCUGAACGUUUCCUAUGGUGACAGUGUACUGCAUAGCCAGCGCGUUAAAGGGCCCGAUCCAGCACCCACGUGUUUGAAUAUCUUCGCUAGCCUCGCCCAAAUGUGUGCUCGCUUCAGCGAGCUGCUGCCUACGGACGAAGGUCUUCGCGGGUGCUUGCAGCUCGAACCGAUGCUGCUGGGUGACGUUCAGAUAGAACUUCCGCUCGGUUGCUUCCGGAUGGGCCCGAACGGUAUGGAGGUCAUCAAGUCCGCCGAAGAGCAAAUACGUGAACAGAUUCCCAGCGAAAGCGAGGAAACCACGGUGACUCCACCGAUCGCUCCGGUACCGGAGAAACCGACACCGACUAGUAAUUCCACCUCGGCGCUCUCAUUGCUCGACAAUCUCUCUACGGCUGAUAUUUUAGCAGCGGUCAGCGAAUCGACUGACGAAGGCAUUGCAAUGAUUUCCAACUGGCUCGGGCUGUCUGUGAAUAAGGUACAGAAACCGGGUCCUGGUGAGGCGGGAUCAGAUAGUAUCACCACGGAAGAAAACAGUGAUAAAAAGACGGAUGAUGAAGAGGAAUAAUGGUCACCUAAUAGAAUGCAUUUACGACAUCGUAUUACGUAAGGUUCUGCAACAGUAUUUAUAGUAGUAAUAGUGGUAAGCAGUCAUAUUUAAUAAAGCUGAUGAGCCGUCAAUCCGCAUAAAUGUCCCGCAGUUAACUGCUGUCGUUUGCCCAAUAAAUACAUAACGCAUCCCACGGAGCGAUCGUUAUUAAAUAUCAAACUUGUUAUGCUUCACCGACCGGAUUUAUUUCUCUUGGAUUUCUGUACCCGACUACA